AUGGCGUUGAAAGGACGGAGCGAGGAAAUUCUAAUUGUGACUACUGUUUUCCUUACAAUCUCUACUACAGUAUUUGCCAUGCGAUGCUUUGUUCGGUUUAGGCUAUUGAAGACUUGUCGAGCGGAUGAUAUCUUUAUGAUAUGUGCCACGUUGAUGAAUGAUGCGCUUGCGACAUGCACAAUUACUGGAGCUGUGAAUGGAAUGGGGAGCAAAUUUGCACAGCUUGAUGCGCAAGAAAUUCAAACUGCCCUGAUGUGGUGGUUUCUUUGGCCACUGUUCUACAUUUUGACCGGUAUAUGUAUCCGCACAUCGAUCGCAUUGACUAUUCUUCGCAUACCAUGGCCGCGGCCAUACAGAAUCAUCCUUUGGCUGAUCAUCUUCGUCACGUGGUCUGUCGGGGUUCCUCUGUGGUUUACGUUUCUGCUACAGUGUAGACCGGUGUCAUAUUACUGGCGCAGGACUGGACAAGGCAGCUGUCUAAAUCCCACCGUAGCUAUCAACUUUGGUUAUGCUUUGAGCGCCAGUGCCGUUCUAUGUGACGUUACGCUUAGCGUUUUGCCGGUCUUUCUCAUCCAACGCUUGAAGCUCAAUCGGACAACGAAGAUAGCUGUUGCAGGUAUUCUAGCUAUGGGCGGUCUUGCCUGUGUUGGUGUUAUCAUUCGUCUUCCGUACAUCCAUCAUUAUAGAGACAAGGAAUUCCUAUACAACACGACCCAGAUCACUAUAUGGUCCAACGUGGAAGCCAACCUCGGCGUCAUGGCCGGAAACUUGAUUACCCUGCGGCCGCUCUUCCGCUGGUUUCACGAUGUCAGCAGUAGAGGCUCUUCAGGGAGAGACAGCAGCGGCAAGUUUUUGGUUGCGAGUAGGGACAUACCUAAUCACCUCCAAACCCGGAACAGCAUAACCGGUUCCACCCAGUGGAGUCCCGAAGCUGGGUCACAAGAGCCUCAUAAUUUUCUCUCAUCGGCUGCUCCCCGCGGUCAGGUAAACCCAGUUUCCGCCCUUGGAGAUAUGGAACUCUGUCCUGUUUAA